AUGUCAACCUUUACCAGACCCGGAUAUCAGAAUGAUCAACAAUCCACGCCCUCAUCGCCGAACCCUGCAUCAGCACUGCUUUUGGAUUCAGACCAACACCAGCAGGAGGACGAUAUUGGCGUCUUGCCGUCUUCGAGAAGACUGAGUAAGUCGCAGCGUGCACAGCAUCCUGAGCAACAAGACCCCGCUGCUUGCGGUCCCUCUUCACGAGAGGGUUUCAGCAUUGGUUACGGGCCCAGCAGAGUUCAACAUGCUGUGGUUUCGAGUGCUAUCCAUCCCUCUAUUCGAGAUGGGCCUUCGCCGGUAGAGUCGAAUGGCUCACAACAGACACCUACUUCUUCGACAGGCUCCACCAGCACAACCGGUGCCCUGCCAUGUCUGAGUAUCUUUAGCCCGAGCGAAUUCGCCGUCGAAGCCAGCAUUGACCGGACUUUGACUCCGCAGCGAGCCUCUGCAGUUUUCGAGUGUCGAUAUCCAUGUUUAUAUCCUCUGCUCCCAUUCUUUAGCCAUACCUUUCCUGCAUCAUUGGCAUGCGACCUAUUCGAUGUCUACCUUCUGGACCCCAGAACGUCGCUCUCUCGCAGCGCAUCGCCGUGCAUCAUCACACGUAUUUUCCGCAAGAAGUCUCUUCUGCACCCGACUAACCCGCGGCAAACGUCGCCAGCCCUGUUAGCCACAAUCCUCUGGUGCUGUGCCCAAACUGCGGACCUCUCUGCGCUGCUGGUCCCAGGGUCUAGGUCGAUGCUCACGGAUUUCCUCUACGAGUUGGCAGUAGCGUUGAUAAGUUGUCGAGACGCAGAUGGAUGGCGGCGGACACACGGUGGAUGGCGGGUUGAGAGCGAACAAGUACACCACUACGGUCCAAGUACCAUGGCUGUCCCCAACGCGGUGGGAAGCAGCGAACAAGCCAGCUCCAUUGACGAUGUCCUUACAUUCCUUCUGCUCUGCAUCGGGGUCUCUGCUGGAGACUUCAAGUCCGAUUGCCAAAAGUGGUGGAGCAAAGCGACAAGGCUCGCCAUGUCACUACAAUUGAACGUUGAAGAUAUGGAAAACGGCAACGAUUCUCUCGACCCGACCCGAAAAUAUCAGUCUCCGCCUUGGUUAAUGGACUUGCAAGCUCGAGAGGAGAGGCGGCGAGUCUUCUGGUACCUGUAUUCAAUAGAUCGUCACCUUGCUCUCUCUUCCAACCAAACACUACAAAUAUCCGACUCCAUGUCUCCUCUUCCUGAUAAUGUAUGGGAGAAUCUCGACGACAUCCCUUACGAUAUGCUGCCAUCCCGGUGCAUGGGCCCCCCGACAACCAUUUCUGGAGCUGGUUAUUUCCAGUAUUUCCUUCCUUUGAUGGCCAUACUCGGGGACAUAAUCGAGCUGCGGCACGCACGGCAUCACCCCCGACUUGCCAGGUUGAACAAUGCACUCGCCCCGUCGGCCAUUGCAGACACGAUCGCCGAGUGCGAAGAAAGCAUUAAACGCCUUGCUCAAGAGGUUGGACGUCGCGAUACAACGCCGGGAACGCUACGGAAUGCCGACAACCUCGGUGCCAGCCAACAAUCUGCCCAAACACAGGAGGAUAGGCGAUAUAGCAGUGGUACUCCGGCAGCCGACGCCGCUGCGCAGUGGUCUGAGAUGAGACUGGCACUGGCAUACAGCACACACAUCCUCCACGUCCUGCGUGUGUUACUCUAUGGCAAAUGGGAUGCGAUCAGCAUGCUGGAUAACGAUGAUGGUUGGAUCACGACCCCUUCAUUCAUGGCAUGCGCUUCGCCUGCUGUGGAUGCUUCAGCGGCUUUGUCAAAGAUCCUCAGGCUAGACCCAGAGUUGACCUUUAUGCCGUGUCUGUUUGGAGUCUAUCUUCUUCACGGCAGCCUGAUUCUCUUACUGUUCGCUGACCGCAUGCCACAACUAGGACGGAAUCAGACUGUCGAACAGGCAUGCGAGACUAUCAUAAGAGCGCAUGAAGUUUGCGUCUUGACGCUGAACACAGAGUUCCAGGUAUUUGCUAAGAGCGUUCGGCCCUAG